CGCUAUCCAGUGCGCGACGUGACGUCGAGCGGUCGCGCGUGAUGCGCAACGAGAGCGCGAAAUACGGCAAGGAGGAAGAAGAGAUGCUAGACGCUAUCCUCAUCUCGAACGAAAAUUGGAACGCGGGGCGCCUCGUAAUUACAUAAUAGCCGGACUCUGUCGUCGCGCUCGAAUGAAACGUCGUUUGCACGCGUGCUUAUCGAAUCCCAUCGAGAUCCAUCAGAAUUCCAUCGCUCGCGACGCCGUUGCGCUUCCGAAGGCACGUGAGCGUUAAGCCGAUGAGUCGUAAAUAAGGCGAAGCGCGGCACGUAUAUAUUCGCGGGAAAUUUACUCAACGUCACUCUCUCCUUAUCUCGUAUAUAUUGGUUCCGCACGAUUGCCCUCCCUUCCCCCCCACGCAGCAGGAACGUCAUUGUCGUUAUUGCGUGUUGCUCCUUUUCAGACUUUCGCGUCAUACCAGUGUCUUCGAGUUGAUUGUGGAACGAACGUUCCAUAUCCGAGGCUCUUUCCCCGCCGAUGUCUAGAGUAUCUUUCGCGUGCAGGAAUAGACGAAAGUCCGAGACGAGAGAUCUCAGCUAGGGUAGCGUGAUUCGUAUCGCGAAAUUUCUCGAGGCCUUGCUGUGAAAUAUAUGUGGGAAGUAAGAAUUUUGAGGCAUCACACUGACAUUCUCGUCGAGUGAUAAUAAGUGAUACGCGUGAUGCGGCAAAUUAGUAUCCUCGUCGUAAGAGAUUGUGGAACGUAAGAUACGAGACUGCGAUAUUCUUACUAUAAGCGAAAUUUAUAAGAUAUAGGAUGACACUUCGACUAAAAACAAUCUCGCGAAAAUGAAAGAAAUGUGCCGACAGGAUGGUGUGUGAUAUAAAAUUUUGUCGACAAAUGAAAAUAUAUUUACGUGACGCAAAAUAUGAAGGAGCGGUCUGAAAAUACUCUGUCACACGUUGCAUGAAGGAAAAUUCUGAUGUAAAAAAAAAAAAAGAGGAACGUUGCGACCAAUUCUCCGAUAAGAGUACCUUAAUUACGCGCACCUUUAUUACUCGCAUCGAAUGCGAUGACGGAGUAUGUGACUCGAUUUUAAUAUCCUCAUUGUUUCGUCAAUGAAGGAAAUCAAAAAUCUUCUCGUCGCUCGAGGAAAUAUUAUAGGAUAGGAAAUAUGGACAUCGCUACUAACGACGUUCUUCCCGUGCGCAAUAAUAGUGGCACGCGUUUUCGAGACACGUUUUGUUACACCGUUGUUCGUCGCGAUUCGAUCGCGACUUAAUAGCGUUUCACGCAACGGGAUCUUGCUAAAGAAAUAGAAAGAGAAGGAGUACAGAAAAGAGACUCGAGGAGUAUCAAUUGUAGGCGAACGGAAUCAAACGUCGCGAGGAGAAGACUCUCUUCAUUUUAUACAUAUAUACACAAUUAUAUAUCGGAAAUGAACGAAGUGAAGCACGUUUUGACAGCUUUAAGAUCGCCCACGAAGAGCUCGACCUUGAGCAACGGCACUGUGGGAGUCGCGACAGCGACGUGGUACGACGUUCCGGCGCCGAUCAUCGUGCAUUGUCGCGAGUUCCAUGAAGAGGGUCGCGACGUCAUCGAAAACGAGGAGAGUAAAAAAUCCUGCGAGAAAGAGAUAGAAAUCGGAUCUAUUGAUAAGAAUAUGGAGGCUUCUUUCGAGAGGGAUGCAGUCGUCGUCGGGUCUUCGGAGAAGGAUACGAUGACAGCUGAAAGACCCUUGUCGUUCAAUGAAGCGUUGUAUCAGAACAAGGAGACAAUCCUGAACGAUAUAAAUCGGAAUAGAAAGAGGCAUAGUACUACUGUGGAACUGAAUGCCACAACAAUGGUAGAAACGGACGCCGACGGAGUGCCGACGAUCAGUUUCAGCUUUCUGCGCGUUGACGAGAAAUUUAACGAGGAUGGAGACGAGAUUGUCAUUCUGGAGGUCGAUACGAGCGAUCAGAUCAAGGACUCGGCAGAGAAUCAACUGUACGAUCUUCCUAAGAGCGCCGUCUCAAAUCGAGUCUCUUUGGAACAAUAUGACGAUAACGAAACGAAUAUCGAAUCCUCGUCGCCGAUUCUCUACGACGUGCCCAAGCCGGCAAAGGACACGCCCUCGAACAAGUCGCAAGAGGAGGAGGCGACGAUGACGCUAUCAAACGUUUCUCUUGAUAAGAAGAAACAACAACGCGAUCAGACGAAACGUUCCACUAGAUCGCUCAAGUCCGGCCGAAGAAGCUACGGCGCGUCUGAUAGCGAUGGCUACGACGCCGGGAUAGCGUCGAUGUCGGGAUCGUACUCGGAUCCCGAAUGUCCGAACGAGGAGGGCUCAUUGAGCGGCGCUUCCGAUCGCAGCAGACGGAAGCUGCAGAAGCGGCGAUUAGGCAAAGCCUGGGGCAGGAUGCGUAGCUGGCUGCGAGAGGAGAGGACCAGGAUCGGCGACAUCGUCAACAGGCACGCGAGGCUACAGGCGGUCGGCGCUCUCAACCCCGAGGUGCGAGAUGAUGCCGCUUUCGCACGAACGUCCAAGAACAAGCAGCGCGGCUUCUACGAUCUGACGCGGGCUCGUACCCGGGAGACCGGUUCGAUCACCAGGGUGGAAGAAUUCGGGCUAUCGUCGGUAUCGGAAGAGGCGAAUGCCUCCGACGAUCUAGAAAGACCGACGUCGGCGUCGCCCGACUCGGGAAAAGCAAACAGUUCUCGAACGAUGCGCGGUAAUUUGAAGAGGAAGACGGUGAGCUCGGACGACAUCUUGGAGAACAGCAGGACAAAAUUACAGCCAUCGGUGUCAACGGUGUCGUUCAGCAUGGACAAGCUGUGCUCGGACGCGGAGAACGAUGAAACGAGAAUGUUAUCGACAACGCCGACGACGAUGGCGCCGGCGGAAGUCGGCUGUGAGACAUCGAGGGAUCACGGUGGGAAAGGUGGCCUGAUUAAGAGGAGAAUGCUCGGGUCAAUCAGAGGGUUAAUGGCCUCCACUCAUCUGUUGCAGACCUACGAGAUCGAGGAGGGAGGACAAGGAGGUUUCGAGGAUGUGCGCAGAUACAUCAAACAAGGAGGUGAUUUCUGCAAAGAAUUGGCGUCGAUUCUUCAUGAAAGAGCCGAAUUAGAAGCUACUUAUGCGAAGGGACUCAGUAAGCUGAGCAAUAAGUUGACAAAGGCCUGCGCCAAGGAUCAAGGUGGUAAUAGCAACGGAGGCGUGAACGAGGCAUGGAGGUGUGUCGGCGAGGAGAUGGAGGCUGCUGCGGAAGCCCAUCGGCUAUGGGGCAUCGCGCUGAGUGAGCAGCUCGCCAAACCGCUUAGAGUGGGUGUAGCAGAGACGCAGGGCCGAUCGAGGAAGACCAUCGAGAAUUCGGUGGACAAAGCGUCCAAGUCGCUGCAGGAGUGGCGCGGGAUUGCGGCAAAAAGUAAGAAGCAAAGUUUCGCGAGCGCGCGAGAGAACGAGAGACUGCAAGACCUGGCGCGGUUGCAGACAAUCAGUCAGAGUCAGCAGAGUAACAAUAAAUUGUCGAAUCAUCAUAUGACGGAGAAAGAAGCCAGCAAGCUGGAAACUAGACGGCGAAAAGCUGAAGACUCAUCGCGUCGCGCGGAUACGGAAUUUUAUACGGUGAGCGUGAGGGCUGAGAGAGCUAGGCUGGAGUACGAGAAUACAGUAAGGAAAGGUGCGAAGCAGAUGGAGUUGCUCGAAGAGGAGCGAUUGAGCGCUUUGAAGGACUUCGCCAAUGUGUACUUGACGCAUUUGCAAGCGUUCGCGCCGCGACUGCAACAGAGCGCUGAUCGCCUGCUAACGCCCGUGCGUAGCUGCAACGUAUCGCAGGAUCUUGAAGUUCUGAAGAAUCUCGUACGUCGAAUGGACAGUAACGACGUGUCGAACGCGGAACAGUUGCUGCCGGACUUUUACGCAGAACACGUCACGCUGGCGAUGAAUCGCGAGCGACGGAAGCAGGCGCUAGUUAGAGUGCUGCACCUGAUUAGGCAAGAUCUGGACAGGGAGAGGCGGGGUAGAGAGGGUUUAGAAACAUUACAUCGAGCCUUCAUCAAAACACCGGCCUUUGCGGCGGAUGAGAGCGCACAGAAUGUGACGGAUAAGUUGCAUCAUAUGCGUUCCAUGUUGCUAUACUUGGAGGCGGCCAAAUAUAAAGUUGGUGGUACGCUCGCGGAAGUAGAAGGCAGCAAACGAUCCAAACAUCCCUUGUCGGACCAUAUCCUAGUUUCGAGAGACAAGCAGGGUUUGCAGCAAAGUGUUCUUAAGGUUCCUUCUUGGGCAAAGAAUGAAUCUUUUGAGAUUCAAGACGAUGAUGACGAGCUCGAAAUUCAUCUGACAAAGGAUCAGGACGCCGAUCAGACACGUGAUUGGGUUGAUCGGACGGCUGGCGACGGCAAUUCCGAGAAUCCGCCGGAUGAAGAUGACUUCAGUGAUUUCGAUGAAUUUAGCAGUCACUCGGAGGAUAACAACAAUCAGGAAGCGGUCGACGGUGCGGAGGUGGUGACGACGACCAAGACAGAAAACGCGGAGCAAUGCCGAGCGAUCUAUCAGUAUUCGGCGAAUUUAAACGACGAGCUUAGUCUCAAUCCGGGUGAUUUGAUAACCGUCCAUCAGAAACAGGCGGACGGCUGGUGGAUAGGCGAAUGUAGAGGUCGCACCGGCAUAUUUCCGGCCACUUAUGUGCAAGUCAUACAUUAAUAGACGUGAAAGACUUAUCGUAUCAUCGAAUAAUCAUCGCUCGAUGUUAACGUUCACAAGUUCCACGCGAGUCCUCUUACUUAAAUCUUUCAUCCGGUUUUGCUGAACCAUUGUAAGAGUGUUACAAUGUGCCAAUAUAGAGCGUUACCCGCGACGAUUACUUUUUACGUGCAGAAAUCGAGCAUACUUCGAUCAUAAACUCAUACAAUAACAAUGACGAACAUAAGAAUUAAUACCAAAUAGCAGUUACCACCAUUUGAGACGGAAUGCGUUCGCCAGUGGAAAUAUUUUAAUUGCUACUAUUUGCGUAUAUAACGUAUUUAUCAUUUUUAUUACGUUAUAUAAUUAGUGCUCAUUUAUUUAUAUUAUUCUCAACGGAAGAUAGAUUUUUCAUUAAAUCUAAUGCUGCACUUUAUAAUUCAUCGCGCAUACUAUCUAUUGUUAGAGAUCAACGGUGCAUUUUUGAAGAUUUAAUUAAAAAAUACUUUUAAAAAUUGAAACCAUAUUUCACUAAUAUGAAGUUGAUACUAAUAGCUGGCAUAUUGUAGUUGCCAUGAUUAUGAUCACUUAUUUUGUAUUCCCUAUAUAAUUUUCUUCAGAGCCAUCGAUGUAUUUCCAAGCCUUUGGAAAACAUUUACUUUUCAAACAUGUUUUGUAUAUGCGUGUAUCGCAUCUCAUUCUAAGAAUUAGAUUAUAUCAGGUGUUUUUUUCUUUUUUUUGUAAUUUAUUAAGAAUUUGAAUAUGCACAUACAAGAAUAAUAAGCGUUUGGAACAGUGAACGUCGAAACAAUAUAAGACGUAAGAGAGAGAGAUAGUAAAAAAACAUGGAAAAUUGUAUAUAUUAUUUGUAUUGUGUAAACGCAUUCAAUUGUAAAUAUCUAAAUAUAAGAAGCUAUUUAAAUGUACUGUGCGCGCGAUAAAGUAUAUGCUAAUAACGCAUUUGUUUACAGAUA